CCCCGCCGGCAUGGACGUCCACACUCGCUGGAAAGCGUGCAGCACCCCGUUGCACCCCAGUACCCCGCGGCUGUCCUCACCGCUGCUGCUGUUCCUGCUGCUUCUUGGGGUACCCCUGCCCAGCCGCGCAGCUCUGCAGGCCGAUCUCCUGAAGGUUCUAGACUUCCACAACUUGCCGGAAGGAAUCUCCAAGACCACUGGCUUCUGCCCUACUCGGCGGUCAUCCACUGGCCCGGAUGUGGCCUACCGGGUGACCAAGGAUGCCCAACUCAGCGCACCCACGAAACAACUGUACCCCAACUCUCCAUUCCCCGAGGAUUUCUCCAUUCUCACCACUGUGAAAGCCAAGAAGGGCAGCCAGGCCUUCCUGGUCUCCCUGUACAAUGAGCAGGGCAUCCAGCAGCUGGGCCUGGAGCUGGGCCGCUCUCCCAUCUUCCUCUACGAGGACCAUACGGGGAAGCCGGGGCCCGAGGGCUAUCCACUCUUCCCGGGCAUCAACCUGUCUGAUGGCAAGUGGCACCGCGUGGCCAUCAGCGUGCAUAAGAAGAACGUCACCCUGAUACUGGACUGCGAGAAGAAGGCCACCAAGUAUCUUGGGCGCAGCGACCACCCACUCAUUGACACUAACGGCAUCAUUGUCUUCGGCACCCGCAUCCUGGACGUGGAAGUGUUUGAGGGCCUCAUCCAGCAGCUGCUCCUGGUGUCGGACCCACAUGCUGCCUAUGACUACUGCAAACACUACAGCCCCGACUGCGACACGGCAGUGCCCGACACGCCCCAGUCUCAGGACCCCAACCCUGAUGAAUAUUACCCCGAAGGAGACGGUGAAGGGGACACCUACUACUACGAGUAUCCUUACUACGAAGAUACAGAUGACACUAAGGAAUCCACCCCCACCAAGGAGCCUGUGGAAGCUGCAAGGGAGACCACAGAGAUAGCAGAGGAGCAGACCCAGCCCCCCACGGACAUCCCAGCCAUGCCCAAUCCCACUGAGGGCCCCGGGAAGGACGAAGACCUGGGUUUGGGGGAGUACGAUUACGUGCCCGUGGAUGAUUACUACACGCCGCCCCCCUAUGAGGACAGCUAUGGCGAGGGCCCCGAUCAGGCCCCUAAUCCAGAGGCACCCACCAGCACUCUGCCACCCUCCAAUGCCUCCAACCCAGCUCCAGGGGAAGGGAAGGAUGGAAUGGAUGGGGACUUCACUGAAGAGACCAUUCGGGGGCUGGACGAGAACUACUACGACACCUACUAUGACCCCACCAUGUCCCCAUCAGAGGUGGGGCCGGGCAUGCCGGCCAACCAGGACACCAUCUACGAGGGGAUUGGAGGACCACGGGGCGAGAAGGGCCAAAAGGGCGAGCCAGCUAUCAUCGAGCCGGGCAUGCUCAUUGAGGGUCCCCCAGGCCCUGAGGGCCCUGCGGGUCUCCCAGGACCUCCAGGAACGACGGGUCCCACUGGCCAAGUGGGAGAUCCUGGAGAGCGGGGCCCCCCUGGACGUCCAGGCCUCCCAGGGGCUGAUGGGCUGCCUGGGCCCCCCGGAACAAUGCUCAUGCUUCCUUUCCGGUUUGGGGGUGGCGGCGACUCGGGCUCUAAAGGCCCCAUGGUGUCAGCGCAGGAGUCCCAGGCCCAAGCCAUUCUCCAGCAGGCCCGGCUGGCCUUGCGUGGGCCUGCCGGCCCCAUGGGGCUCACAGGGAGGCCUGGCCCUGUGGGUCCCCCAGGGAGUGGCGGUUUGAAGGGCGAGCCCGGAGACAUGGGGCCUCAGGGUCCCCGCGGUGUGCAGGGUCCUCCUGGCCCCACAGGAAAGCCCGGCAGAAGGGGCCGGGCUGGGAGUGACGGAGCCAGGGGGAUGCCUGGCCAGACGGGCCCCAAGGGUGACCGAGGUUUCGACGGCCUGGCUGGGAUUCCUGGGGAGAAGGGCCACCGGGGUGACCCUGGUCCUUCUGGGCCUCCGGGCUCUCCGGGAGAUGAUGGAGAUCGGGGUGAUGAUGGAGAAGUCGGCCCCCGGGGUCUGCCUGGGGAACCUGGUCCACGUGGUCUUCUGGGGCCCAAGGGUCCCCCAGGCCCUCCAGGCCCACCUGGUGUGACAGGCAUGGACGGCCAGACAGGUCCCAAAGGCAGCGUGGGCCCCCAGGGAGAGCCUGGCCCCCCGGGUCAACAGGGUAACCCUGGUGCUCAGGGCCUGCCAGGACCCCAAGGUGCCAUCGGUCCUCCAGGGGACAAGGGUCCCCUGGGAAAACCAGGCCUUCCAGGAAUGCCCGGCGCUGACGGACCCCCGGGACAUCCCGGCAAAGAAGGGCCUCCCGGCGAGAAAGGCGGCCAGGGUCCCCCUGGGCCCCAGGGCACACUUGGCUACCCUGGUCCUCGGGGAGUGAAGGGGGCAGAUGGUAUCCGAGGCCUGAAGGGUACCAAAGGCGAGAAGGGUGAAGAUGGCUUCCCUGGCUUCAAGGGAGACAUGGGCAUCAAAGGUGACCGGGGGGAGAUCGGCCCACCUGGACCCCGAGGUGAAGAUGGCCCUGAGGGUCCAAAGGGUCGUGGGGGCCCCAACGGCGACCCUGGCCCUCUGGGCCCCACUGGGGAGAAGGGCAAACUCGGCGUGCCAGGACUUCCAGGCUACCCUGGCAGGCAGGGACCGAAGGGUUCAAUCGGAUUCCCUGGAUUUCCUGGUGCCAAUGGAGAGAAAGGGGGCAGGGGCACGCCAGGCAAGCCAGGACCACGUGGGCAACGGGGACCUACGGGUCCAAGGGGCGAGAGAGGACCCCGGGGCAUCACUGGGAAACCAGGCCCCAAGGGCAACUCUGGUGGGGACGGCCCAGCUGGCCCUCCGGGGGAACGGGGACCCAAUGGACCCCAAGGACCCACAGGCUUCCCAGGAAUCAAAGGCCCCCCUGGCCCCCCAGGCAAGGACGGGCUCCCCGGACACCCAGGACAGAGAGGAGAGACUGGUUUCCAAGGCAAGACGGGUCCCCCAGGACCCCCCGGUGUGGUGGGGCCUCAGGGCCCCACUGGAGAGACGGGUCCGAUGGGUGAGCGUGGCCACCCUGGGCCCCCAGGGCCCCCAGGUGAACAGGGGCUCCCAGGCAUGACGGGAAAAGAAGGGACGAAGGGAGACCCAGGUCCUGCUGGCAUCCCCGGGAAAGAUGGCCCCCCAGGAUUACGUGGCUUCCCAGGGGAUCGAGGCCUCCCUGGUCCGGUGGGAGCACUAGGACUCAAGGGCAAUGAGGGACCUCCUGGACCCCCUGGCCCUGCGGGUUCCCCAGGUGAAAGAGGACCAGCUGGGGCUGCAGGGCCCAUAGGGAUCCCAGGGAGACCAGGACCACAGGGUCCUCCAGGGCCUGCUGGAGAGAAGGGUGCGCCGGGCGAGAAAGGGCCUGCGGGCCCUGCAGGCCGAGAUGGUCUCCAGGGUCCCGUGGGGCUGCCAGGUCCUGCUGGCCCCGUGGGUCCCCCUGGGGAAGAUGGAGACAAGGGAGAAAUUGGGGAGCCUGGACAGAAGGGGAGCAAAGGGGACAAAGGCGACCAGGGUCCCCCUGGUCCCACUGGUCCACAAGGUCCCAUCGGGCAGCCAGGCCCAUCGGGAGCUGAUGGUGAGCCAGGGCCACGUGGCCAGCAAGGCCUUUUCGGGCAGAAAGGUGACGAAGGACCUCGAGGCUUCCCAGGACCCCCCGGGCCUGUGGGGCUGCAGGGUCUGCCGGGACCCCCAGGCGAGAAGGGCGAGACUGGAGACGUGGGUCAGAUGGGCCCUCCAGGUCCUCCUGGCCCCCGAGGACCUUCUGGAUCACCAGGUGCUGAUGGGCCCCAAGGUCCUCCUGGAGGCAUAGGCAACCCUGGAGCUGUGGGAGAAAAGGGUGAGCCUGGUGAAGCUGGAGACCCUGGCCUUCCCGGAGAAGGGGGCCCCCCGGGACCCAAAGGGGAAAGGGGAGAGAAGGGCGAAUCAGGCCCUUCUGGUGCUGCUGGGCCGCCUGGACCCAAAGGGCCCCCUGGAGACGACGGGCCGAAGGGCAGCCCGGGCCCCGUGGGUUUUCCUGGUGACCCUGGUCCCCCUGGAGAGCCUGGGCCUGCGGGUCAGGAUGGCCCGCCUGGUGACAAAGGAGACGACGGGGAACCAGGGCAAACGGGUUCCCCUGGCCCCACUGGGGAACCAGGUCCCUCUGGGCCUCCAGGAAAGAGGGGUCCCCCUGGCCCAGCAGGGCCCGAAGGCAGACAGGGGGAGAAAGGAGCCAAGGGAGAAGCUGGCCUGGAAGGUCCUCCUGGGAAGACUGGCCCCAUCGGCCCCCAGGGUGCUCCCGGGAAACCGGGCCCCGAUGGCCUGCGGGGGAUCCCUGGUCCUGUGGGUGAACAAGGCCUCCCAGGAUCUCCUGGCCCUGAUGGGCCCCCUGGCCCCAUGGGUCCUCCAGGACUCCCUGGCCUCAAAGGAGACUCUGGCCCCAAAGGGGAAAAGGGGCACCCAGGCUUGAUUGGACUCAUCGGACCCCCAGGAGAACAGGGAGAAAAGGGCGACCGAGGACUCCCAGGCCCCCAGGGCUCCUCAGGCCCCAAGGGAGAGCAGGGCAUUACUGGGCCAUCUGGCCCCCUCGGCCCUCCAGGACCUCCUGGCAUACCGGGUCUUCCUGGUCCCAAAGGCACCAAGGGCUCCUCGGGUCCAACUGGCCCCAAGGGUGAGGCAGGUCACCCAGGCCCACCAGGCCCGCCGGGCCCUCCAGGCGAGGUCAUCCAGCCACUGCCCAUGCAUGCAUCACGCGCCCGGCGGAGCAUCGAUGCCAGCCAGCUGCUGGACGAUGCAGAGGGCGACAGCUACACCGACUACGCUGACGGCAUGGAGGAGGUGUUCGGCUCGCUCAACUCCCUCAAGGUGGAGAUCGAGCAGAUGAAGCGGCCGCUGGGCACCCAGCAGAACCCGGCCCGCAGCUGCAAGGACCUGCAACUGUGCCACCCCGACUUCCCAGAUGGUGAAUACUGGGUGGACCCCAACCAAGGCUGCUCUGGAGACUCCUUCAAAGUCUACUGCAACUUCACAGGAGGAGGAGCCACCUGUGUGUUCCCCGACAAGAAGUCUGAGGGGAGUAAGCUGGCGCGCUGGCCCAAAGAGCGCCCGUCCACCUGGUAUAGUCAGUUCAAGCGUGGGUCCCUGCUCUCAUACGUGGAUGCCGAGGGCACCCCAGUGGGUGUGGUACAGAUGACGUUCCUGCGGCUGCUGAGUGCAUCUGCGCGCCAGAAUAUCACCUACAACUGCUACCAGUCAGUGGCCUGGCAGGAUGCAGCCACAGGCAGCUAUGACAAGGCCAUCCGUGUGUUGGGCUCCAACGACGAGGAGAUCUCCUACGACAAUAGCCCCUACAUCCAUGCGCUGGUCGACGGCUGUGCUACCAAGAAAGGCUACCAGAAGACGGUGCUGGAGCUGGACACGCCCAAGGUGGAGCAGGUGCCUGUGGUCGACAUCAUGUUCAAUGACUUCGGAGAAGCAUCCCAGAAAUUUGGAUUCGAAGUGGGGCCGGCUUGCUUCCUGGGUUAGGAGGCGCCCUCCGGCCUCCCAAGACCAACCUUGUGACCUCAGCGCCGUCUGUGAGGGUCCUGGACAGUGAAGGCCCCUCGCCCUUCCCUCACUUCGUCUGCACCCCGGUCACCCUGUGCUGGGCCAGACCCCAAACCCGGAGAGAGGGAAGGGAGAGACCAGCAUCCCGCCAUGGGGAGCCGCUGAAUCACAUGACCUAGACACCCCAUGUGCCUUCUCCAGCCCCCACCUCGGGGCUCCCCCAGUCCAUGGGGAGAGUCCGCCCCUCUGCCCCCCCCCUCCCGCCUCGUGGUGCCACUGAGAAUGGGUUGUGGUGGAGGUGGUUGCACUCGGAGACCAAGUAUUUUUUACUGUUUUCGUUCAACUUGAAGAUGCCUGUCUCCCCAGCAUUCCAAGUGCUCUGAGUGUGUGUGUGGGCACCAUGCCCCACCACACCCCUUCCCAUUCCACUGGCAGCCCCGAGCCCUCACCCCUGCUGCCCCUUCAAGGUGCUUCUUUCUGAUUCUGUGAGCCUCUGUGGGCCUGUCUCUGCAUCAGAAAUUCUCAGUGUCCCCCUGCUGCUUACAAGCACAGAGAGAACCAGCCCACCCAGAGGAUAGGAAUACGGGGCACCAUCCCACCCCUGUGAGAGGUGGGGAGUUGCCUCCACAGGCAGGGCCGGGUCCCUCUGGUGCUCUCCAGGGUAGGCAGGAUAGAGGAUGCUCAGUCCC